AGGAAUAGCAAAUAACAUGUCGUAUGAAUCGGCACUGAUAACGCCGACGCCACUCCAAAUUCGGAGAGAUGGCAUUGACGAUGAUGUCGGAAAGAAACAUGCAAAUCUAAGGUCAAAACGGGAAUUGCAGAUUGUCAGCUUCGGACUCCCAGAGGGUUGGUUGGUCGAGCGAAGGCCCCGUCUUUCUAAGCCCUCUCACAUCGACAAGUAUUACUAUGAGCCAGGCACUGGAAAGCAGUUUCGAUCUUUGUUAUCUGUUAAGAGAUAUCUUGCAGAAAAAACCGGAGAUUAUCUGAUUACCGACAGAAUGAUGGCAGAAAGUGCAAAUACUUCAGUGGUUAAAUCAGGCACUAGAAAGCCAAGAGCACGUGGGGUGAGAAGUUCCCAAAGACCUGUCUAUCGACACUCUUCAGUUUCAGAAGAAGAAAGAAUCACUCUAAAGGCCUCAAAACACACUAUGAAAUCUAGGCGUUCUAAGAAAUCCGAUUAUCUAAAGAAAACUGAUUGGGAGAAGAACAAUGGAGCCUCCAUGCAUAACUUAACUGCACCACCAGCAAAAGUAAGCUGGGUUCUGUCUGGUCCAGGGGGUUUCUGGACACCAUUCCUAGAAGAUUGUAUUGUACCAGAAUCUGAAAAGCUGAAAUGGUCCGAAGCAUUUGUACUAUCCACCAAUCAUGGAGUUGCUAAUGCACUUCAUAGCUGAGCUUUGCAGGGAUCACAAUGGAGAUGUCAGGAAUAUUGAUGAGCAUGUGCUGAUACCAUGUAACUUUGAUUGUAGACGGAAUUAUCUAUGUGACUAAUCUUAACCUAUUGGCUGAUAUUGUUUUAUUUCAAUGAGUAUAAUGAUGUAGUUUCUAUCACACCUGAUUCAGAAAUUAUUAUUAUUAUUAUUAUUAUUAUCAUCGUAUCAUUUUUGGGUU